GGCACCCUUCGCCAUGGAUGUACGGUUUUAUCCCGCUGCCUCGGGGAGCGCUUUGCCCGGAGAUCCGUCCAGUGUGGACUUUGCCCAGUGUUUGGGUUACUACGGCUACAAUAAGUUUGGCAACAACAACAGCUAUAUGAACAUGGCAGAAGCAAAUAAUGCCUUUCUAACCGCAAAUGAGCAAACAUUCCAUACCCCGAGUCUUGGAGAUGAAGAGUUUGAGAUUCCACCCAUAACACCACCCCCUGAGUUGGAUUCCACCAAUCUAGGAAUGGCAGACAUACUUCUACCUUUCCAAGGCCUGAGUGAUCAGUUGGCCAUGCAGGGGAAUGAAUUCACUCCCCAGUUUCCACCACAGAGCCUGGAUCUUCCUUCCAUUACGAUAUCUCGAAAUCUUAUAGAACAAGAUGGCGUCAUCCAAAGCAAUGGGUUACACAUGGAUCACAGUCACACAGAUGGGCCUCAGUACCGCCAGGACCACUCCUUGAUUAUGAGAUCGAUUGUCCAUAUGACAGACGCUGCUCGUUCAGGAAUUAUGCCUCCUAACCAGCUGACCACCAUUAACCAGUCCCAGCUCAGUGCACAACUGGGGUUGAAUUUAGGCGGUGCCAACUUGCCACACACUUCUCCGUCCCCUCCUGCUAGCAAGUCGGCAACACCUUCUCCGUCUAGUUCAAUAAAUGAAGAAGAUGCAGACGACUCGAACAGGACUACUGGGGAGAAGAGAGCUGCCCCAGAUUCUGGCAAGAAGCCCAAGACUCCAAAGAAGAAGAAAAAGAAAGACCCCAACGAACCUCAGAAACCGGUGUCAGCAUAUGCCUUGUUCUUUAGGGACACACAAGCAGCAAUUAAAGGGCAGAACCCCAACGCUACCUUUGGAGAGGUUUCAAAAAUCGUCGCCUCAAUGUGGGACAGCUUAGGAGAAGAGCAGAAGCAGGUAUAUAAAAGGAAAACUGAAGCUGCCAAGAAAGAAUACCUUAAGGCUCUUGCAGCCUACCGAGCAAGUCUUGUUUCCAAGGCUGCCGCUGAGUCGGCUGAAGCCCAGACCAUCCGCUCCGUCCAACAGACGCUGGCCUCCACCAACCUGUCCUCGUCUCUCCUGAUGAACAGUCCCCUUUCCCAGCAUGCACCAGUGGCGACGUCCCCCCAGACUCUGCAGCAGUCACUCCCCCGGGCGAUUGCCCCCAAGCCUUUGGCCAUGCGGCUCCCCAUGAACCAGAUCGUCACGUCCGUCACCAUCGCCCCCAACCUGCCGACAAACAUUUCCGCCCCCUUGAUCAGCUCCAUGGGGACCGGCAUGGUCGGCACGUCGGCCACAGCCCCCUCCCAGGCAAGCCCCUCCCUGCAAAGCCAGCAGCACCAGCUGCAGCAGCUCCAGCAGAUGCAGCAGCAGCAGAUGCAGCAGCAGCAAAUGCACCAGCAGCAGAUGCACCAGCAGAUCCAGCAGCAGAUGCAGCAGCAGCAUUUCCAGCACCACAUGCAGCAGCACUUGCAGCAGCAGCAGCAGCAGCACCUCCAGCAGCACAUGCAGCAGCAGCUCCAGCAAAUGCAGCUCCAGCAGAUGCAGCAGCAGCAGCUGCAGCACAUGCAGCACCAGUCACAGCCUUCCCCGCAGCAGCAGCAGCAGCAUUCCCCUGUGGCCUCGCAAAUCACUUCACCGAUCCCGGCCAUCGGCAGCCCUCCGCCAGCUGCCCAACUGCACCAGACCCAAAUACAAACCCAGACACAAACCCAGCUCUUAGCACAGGCCAGCAUUUUCUGAAGCCGCGCAUUUCUUGAGCAGAGCUGCUCUGCGUUUCCGCAUUCGGCC